UCGCCACAAAAAGAAGUUUUUGUAGAUUUUAUGGGUGCACAAAUUAAAACAUUGUCAUUCUUGGCUUAUAUUGUUCGCAUAUUUCAGGAAGUAGUUAUCGCCAGCUCUUUAUCUGUCACUAGCGGUAUGCUGAACCUGAUGAGAAAUUGUCCGAAGGAAGCAGCUCAUCUUAGGAAAGAGCUAUUAAUUGCAGCCCGGCAUAUAUUUGCAACAGACUUACGACAAAAAUUUAUUCCCUCAAUUGAAAACCUUUUUGAUGAGGACUUGCUAAUUGGAAAAGGCGUCACAUUAGAUUCCAUUCGCCCUCUGGCUUAUUCAACACUAGCAGACCUUGCACACCAUGUUCGCCAAAACCUUAGCUUAGACGUCUUAAUAAAAGCAGUUAAUCUCUUUUCAAAAAAUGUUCACGAUGAAACACUUGCUGUGGGAAUUCAAACAAUGUCUUGCAAACUUUUGUUAAACCUGGUAGAUUGCUUAAGACAUCACAGCGAAAUAGAUCCCCAAAGGUCUCGGGCUAUACUUUUAAAACUCUUAAAAGUUUUUGUAAAAAGAUUUGAAACCAUUGCCACCACUCAGCUUCCGUUAAUUUUACAAAAAUGGACAAUCCAAUUCUGGAGCUACGGCGAGCUCGACUAGCAACGUCCCAAUGCCGCUAAGUAAUAUAUCAGAUCUAAAUAAUGACCUAAUAUUGAAUGAGCAAGCAAGAUCAACCGCUACUGGAUCACAAUGGGUUAAUUCUAUAAAUGUAGCUGAAUUUCGAAGCUUAGUAAA